CGGAAAUUCCUCACGUGCGUUACAUUAAGUUGACGUUGGUGAUAUCCGGUUCAGAAUUAUGGGAACGCAAGGGGAUGAACGUCCAUUGGAAUAUUAUGCGGAAGAAGUGAGGAAAAGACAAGAGUUAGAAAAGGAGAAAGAAGAAGAGGAUAGGUUUCUGCGAACUUCACUUCGUGCGUCCAAUCGUUUGCAAGCCAUAGAAAAAUACAGGAGGGUUAUUCAGAAGGAAGAAACUAAAAGGGCCGAAAUAAAUCAUGCGUUUGAAGGGGAUUCUCUCUCGGAAAACAACACAGAGCUGACUGAGCUUUUGUGCUACCUUCGAACUAAAAUGCCUGUUUACAGGGAAGAAAAAGAAAAUAAACGCCAGUCAAUGGAUAAUAAGCUGAUAUCAAAUGAAAUUGGGCUAGACUCCGAAGCUGAACAAUGGGAAUGGCUCCUGAGCGUUCUAUCAAACCCGAAUUUAUCGGCUGCAUUUCUGAUGCAUGACAAAGUAGCUAAGGCCUAUGAGACUUGUAAGAGUGUCAUGCAUCCAAAACCAAGAUAUCGUUGGCCCGUCUUAGCUGGGCUUGCAUAUGACACUAUGGAAGCUGUUAAAGAACAGUUGAUGGUCACUCUACGAAAUCCAGGUCAACUUGAUACCUUCACCUUAAACAGUAUUUCUGCUCUUAUCAAUCUGUGUACGUCUCCAGUAUUCCAGAACUUAUUACUGGCUAUGGAUGGACUUGCGAACACGUGGCUUUUCGAUGCUGAUGAAGAAUUUAUUGAAUCUGAUAAUCUUGAAUUAUCAGAAGAUAAUAACGAAAAUUCGCUGUCCAAUUCAUACAUUCAAAAAAGUUCUGUUCCAGGAUGUUAUGCCACUUUGGCGUAUGAUGAUCAAGGUCGUGAUUCUUACUCGGAAAGUGGAGUUCGUCUGAAAUACGUGAUUCUUCAAAAAAGUGGUAAUGAGUUUUUGGGUGCCACGGUGCGUUUAGAAAGGAGUUCAGUACUAAUUGCUCGAAUUGUUAAUGGUGGAUUAGCCCACAAAACUAAUCUUUUGCAUGAAGGCGAUGAACUGUUAUCUGUCAACGGCAUUGAACUUAUGGGUAAAGAUUUGAAUACAGUGUGUGAUAUCAUGGCUUCAUUACAUGGGAAGAUUGUUCUUUUGAUUGCACCUGGACUUGAUCCUUAUUCGCAAGCAUCAACAAAAGGGAUCAUUCAUCUUCGUGCAUUAUUCACUUAUGAACCAAGUGACGACCGUUAUCUAGCCUGUAAAGAGCUGGGUUUAGCUUUCACUAAAGGUGAUAUUAUACAUGUCACAGGUAGAAAAGACCCGAAUUGGUGGCAAGCUUACCGAAGUGAUGAAGAACGAGGCUUAUCUGGUGCAAUCGGGACAUUGGCGGGUCUUAUACCAAGUCCAGCAUAUCAGCGCAAUCGCUCGAUAUUACGCUUAAAAUACUGGUUAAACAGUGGGGCUGAAGAUAUUGACCUGGAAGAAGACUCUGAAGAAGAUUCUGAUUCUGCUGGUCAAGCUGCUGCGAAACUCGAAAAACAAGCCCCGAAUACUGUAAAAGAGAAGAGAUUUCUAGGAAUCAAAUUUCCAACACGUCGAACGGCAACUUCUGACAGCAAAACUACGAUACAGUCAGUACGUGAAAAUGAUUCAAAAAGUGAUAUGGCGUCUAUGAGUACAAGUCAAAACGAUUUAACAGAUUCAUCCACACCCACUCCAGAAGACGAUUCACGCUGUGUAAUGAAUAGCACUGUGUUAAGUUCCAUUUAUGCAGAUCGUAUGUCUGGUUUAACGAAACCAACAGAUCCGUCUUCACUCAGUGCAAUAAAUGAAUGGUCAGCUGCUGGACCAGUAUGGGGUCAGCACGGUUAUGAUCUGCGUAAACUACGCGCGCGUCGUAAACAUUCCAGGAGAAAACAUUCUUUGUCAAACAAAUCUUCUCCUUGCUUAGAGGGUAUUCGAUCAUGGAAGAAGCAUAAAGGAUAUGCAGAGUACUAUCCAUCACUUGUUCCUGUUCCCAACAGUCAACUACAAUCUGGUGAUGAUCCUGUUGCUUGGUUAGACAAAGAAGUUGCUCGCGGUUAUAUGAUACAUUCCAGUUUGUGGACUUAUGAACCUGUGGCUCAAUAUAUUCCACAACCACUUCGUCGGCGUCCGCUUAUAUUUGUUGGACCAGCGCAUGUUGGACGGCACCAGAUUAUGCAACACCUUAUCCAACGUGAACCUGAUCGUUUUUAUCCGGCAGCUAUUUACACAACAAAUACAAGUUUGAAGACAGAUAACAAGUUUUCGUAUAUAUGCAUCUCAGAGGACGAUUUCCAGCUGAAACGUAAACAAGGUGAAUUUAUUGAAUGGGGAUUAUUUAACCGUGCUUAUUAUGGAACUAGCACGCAAACAGUGCGUCAGUUGGUAGAUGAAGGCAAAAUAUGUUGUAUAUCACUAAGGCCUGAUUCUUUACGCAAAGUUCGUUCAAGUGGUCUUGUGCCUUACAUAAUAUUUAUUUCACCACCGGAACGAGUUGAUGAUUUACAGCGUUUGCGCCAAAAAUUGAAUCUCACUGGAAACUGUUCUAAUGAAGAAUUGAAAGCAUGCAUUGAAACAAGUCGUAAAAUGGAAAUACGCUUUGGACACUGGUUUGAUAGGGUAAUUAUCCCUGAAACUUUGGACUCCACGGUGACUGAGCUAGUUCGUCUCGCCAUCAGACUUGAACGCGAGCCAACAUGGGUGCCGAGGUAUUGGUUGGAUAUGGACUAGGCAGAUACCAUUAUUACUGUCAGUAUUAUGCCAGUAGCAUUUCAUUUGCUCUGCUCACUUAAUUUAACUAAGCUUAAGGAUAUGACCAUCCAGUAUGACUCACCCAGGCCGUAUUUCGUCUUUUUCUCUCAGGCAUUUCUUUUUCUUCAACAACGACUGAAUAACAUUUUUUUAUCUACUGAUUGAGAAAAGCACUCUGUUUUUUGUGUGCAGUUGAUCAUAAAUAAUUUUUCACUAUUAUUACUAUUAUUAUUAUGAUUAUUAUGAAACGCUACCAGUAUUAAAAAUAUAUACUUUCAGUUUUUUUUAUCAAAAGCCUCCUACGUGCCGUUUAACUAUUCACUAACGUAUAAAAAUAAACAAUAAAAUGCUUA